UAUUUCAGCUUGGCCCACAGAAUGAUGAAGAAGCAGUUUAACUGGAUGCGGCAACAGCUCAGUUACCCCAGUAGCAGUGGACGAGCCCAAGAGACAGCGGAUUACUUGACUGAAGACUUGCUCCAGGUUGAACAGAGAAUUGAACCAGUCAAACGGGCAGCACAUAAUGUGCACAAGAGGCUUGUGGCUUGCCUCCAGGGGCAAUAUGGAGCGGAACUGGACAAACGGGUGAAAAAGUUACCUUUGAUGGCAUUAUCAGUCGCUAUGGCUGAAAGUUUUAAGGAAUUAGACAUGGAUUCCAGUCUUGGGAAAGCUCUAGAAAUGAGUUGCUGCAUUCAAAGCACGCUGGCCAGGAUCCUUGCAGAGUUUGAAAUUACUCUUGAACAAGAUGUCCUACAACCUCUGAAUAAACUGAGUGAGGAGGAGCUGCCUGUCAUCCUGAAACACAAAAAGAAUCUUCAGAAACUUAUUCUGGAUUGGAACACCAUCAAAAGCCGUCUAAACCAAGCUGCCAAGAAUUCCAGUAAUAGUGUCAGUGCUAGCACAACUUCAGGAGCCUCAUCAGCUGCCGUAAAGUUGGAGAAUCUGAAGGAGGAAGAAGAGGAGAUGAAGAGGAGGUUGGAGCAGAGUAAGGAUGAAUAUAUGGCUGAUUUAUAUCAUUUUUCAACCAAGGAGGACAGCUAUGCUAAGUACUUUAUCAAAUUGUUGGAAAUCCAGGCAGAAUAUCAUCAGAAGUCUCUGGAAUCUCUAAAUUCCAGCUUGGCAGAGCUAAUGAGUUGUCACAACCAAACAGAUGCCCCUUUUCCAUUAGAUCCAGCUGUACCAGGGGUGUAUGGAAUGCCCUUAGAGACUCACCUGAAGGCUGCUGGGCGAGAGAUUGCACUUCCCAUUGAAGCCUGUGUUAUGAUGCUGUUGACCGCAGGUAUGCGGGAAGAGGGGCUCUUCCGGUUGGCAGCUGGAGCUUCUGUGCUGAAGAAACUAAAAUACUGCCUGGACAGUGGCUCAAAUAUUUUGGAUGAAUUCUACGUAGACCCUCAUGCUGUGGCAGGUGCAUUAAAAUGUUACCUACGAGAAUUGCCACAGCCGUUGAUGACCUCUGAACUCUAUGAUGAUUGGCUGAAAGCUGCCAGUGCCAAAGAGCCAGAAAUUCAACUAGAGUGCCUCAAGGAUGUUUGUAAUCUUCUUCCCAAGGACAACUACAACAAUCUGAGGUAUCUGAUUCGUUUUUUAGCCAAGCUGGCUGAACAACAGGAAGUGAAUAAAAUGUCCCCAAGCAACAUUGCUAUAGUCCUAGGACCCAACCUACUGUGGCCCCAGGAGAAUGAAAGGUCCCAAGUGCAGCUAGACAUAGCUUCUGUAUCCUCCAUCCAAGUUGUGGGAGUUGUGGAGCCUCUCAUACAAAAUGCUGAGAUCCUCUUUCCAGGAGAUAUUGACUUCAAUGUCUCCAGUCUGUUCACUCCUCCAAUAGACAUCAAAAAUCAAAACAUCCCCACAACAGAAGCUACAGCAGUGUUUCUGCCUUCUGAAUCUAAUUUCCCUAUGCCUGAAGAAAGGAACAAUGAAGUUAUUCCAGAAAUAGUGCCCUCAAAAGUGACCCAGUCAUCUACUGAAACAACAAUCUGUCCACCUACCUCUGCUUCUGCUGAUGAGACAUCACGAAAAACAAAGCGGGUGGCUCCACCCAGACCUACCAUACCACCACCCCAUCCUCAAACCACGCCACCUGCUCCCCGUCACAUGCCGCCUCCUCCUCCUCCUCCUUCAGAGUCUUCCUCCAUCCCUAAAGCCUUGCCUCGAAGAACAGUGGGGGGACCAGCACGGGUGCCAGUGGUGCCACCACCCCUUCCCCCACAGCCCGCCAGACGGCAGAGUCACAAAGCUCCGCCAUCACCCAGGCAUCCUUCAGAAGCUAUGAACAAUAAAGCAGCCGCAGCUGAAGAGGAUUCUGCUCAUGUCUGCAGUAGAGAAACACCCAAAGAUUCCGUCCAUACCCAGAAAGAAGCCACUGAAGGAAAGAACAGCUCUCCAUCUACUGCUGCUCAGAAAGUAUGUACUGUUUCAGGAAAAACAAAUGAGAGGAAUAGGACCGGGUGGAGGGGCGGCGAGAGCGGUUCCAGCAUGGCGGGCUGCAGGCGGUUGAGCGGCGCUUGUCUGCGCGAGGUGCUGGGCGAGGCGCAGGGGCUGCUCUUCGACUGCGACGGGGUCCUGUGGACCGGAGAGCGGGCGGUUCCUGGGGCGCCGGAGCUGCUGGAGCGCCUGAACCAGAACGGGAAGAGCACCCUGUUCGUGUCCAACAACAGCCGCCGCUCCGUGGCCGAGCUGGAGCGUCGCUUCUCCCGCCUGGGCUUCCGCGGCGUCCGCGGCGAGCAGGUGUUCAGCUCCGCUCUCUGCUCCGCUCUCUACCUCCGCCAGCGGCUUCUGGGCGGGGAAGCCGGAGCUGGCGACUCGACCCCGGGCCGGGUCUUCGUGCUGGGCGGGGAAGGGCUGCGCGGGGAGCUGCGCGACGCGGGGCUCCGCCUGACCGGAGAAGAAGGGGACGGCGACGAAGAGCCUCCGGGCCAGGAGGCCCUCCCGGUGCGCGCUGUCGUCGUCGGCUACGACGACCAGUUCACCUUCGCUAAGCUCUCGGAGGCCUGCGCCUAUUUGCGCGACCCGCGGUGCCUGCUGGUAGCCACCGACCCAGACCCCUGGCACCCGCUUAGCAGUGGGCAGCGCACCCCGGGGACAGGGAGUCUCACUGCUGCAGUUGAAACAGCCUCCGGUCGCAAAGCAACAGUAAUUGGAAAACCAAACACAUACAUGUUUGAAUGCAUUGUAGAGCGCUUUGGUGUAGAUCCAUCCCGCAUGCUUAUGGUGGGUGAUCGGCUGGAAACGGAUAUACUGUUUGGCAAGAACUGUGGCCUUGAUACUGUCUUGACCCUGACAGGUGUCUCUGAUUUAGAGGAGGCACAGGCUUACAUGGCCAGUGACAGCCCUUCAGCCAAGGACCUGGUGCCUCACUACUAUGUGGACAGCAUUGCAGACUUAAUACCAGGCCUGGAUGAAUGAGGGGAGAAGUGGGUGGGAAACAGUCCUGUUUCCAUUCCAGACUGCCAACCUUUCCUCCUCCUGUCUCCCCUCUUGAAUCCGGGCUCAUCACAUUCCAGUGUUUCUUCAAGAAUGAAGAGAGUGGGACUAAUUCCCCUCUCAUUCUUUAAGAUUACUCGGUUUUAUUUUAGACACAGUAGGGGAGCAGGAAAUCUAAUGUGAAAAAAAAAGGUGGUUUACAGGCCAAACUAGUAUUUAUUACUGUUUUUCAUCACAGUAACUAAGUUAUUUUAAUUUUAUUGUAGCCAAUAGUGGUCGUCUUACUGUUGGCCUUUGCUUUACUUUGAAGCAUAAUGAUGUACUUGAUGUGCUUUUGUAGUGUUCGUCUCCAGGCUUAAAUAUAACCACUACCAUUCCACGCCUGUUUUGAAGUUCUUCUCCAAGAACCUAUGCUGUGAAAAGGAAACAUCAGGUACAUAUUCAGACAACAUGACAUUGAGCUUCCACAAAAUAGUCCUUUGGGUUUAUUCCUGUGGAAGUUUAUGUAGUUGAAGUUCAUUCAAACAAUUUAGCUGAUCCAGGAGUUGUAAGAACUAAGACCAUUUUUAAAAUUGAAGCUAAAUAGAGGAGCCAUUCUAACAGAAUCAAAUAAAUUCCUCCAUAGGAUUUGUUCCAAAGUGCUUUGUUUUGUGCAGGAAAGAAAAUGACAGCUGUCAAAAGGAACUCAAUAUCCAGAGUAUAUAUUAAUGAAUUAAAAUGUUAAUAUCCUUUUUCUGUCUUGAGUCUUAUCAGCUUAAAUGUUUCUUUAUCCAAUUUCAUUUUGGUAUAUGGAAUUGCUACUGCUGCAUCAAACUAAGUUGCAUACAAUAAUUUUGGUGCCACAGUGUUCAAAACUGAUGCACUUUAUCUUGGUAAUUCUUCUGUAGUCACAGCCUCCAGAUAUUCUUGCCUAAGCAAAAUCAAGAACUCGAUGAUUUUAUUCCUUUUUUCCCCCUAACUGGGCAAACUGAUAAAUUUCAUCAGUAAACAUUUUAGCUCCUGUCUGUGCCUGAUACAAUACACCACUGUUCUAGAGGAGGGAUGAAUACGUGUUCUCCUCCUGCUCUGCCAUGGUGUGCUUGACCUGCGGGAUAAUGUUGGCAUUGCCAGUGGUGUCUGUACCACUGUAUUCCCAAAUCAGUCCUUGCUGUUCUUUUAAUGGUUUAUUAUGUAUUUAUUAAUGUGUUUGUAUAAAUUAUGCUGAUCAAUUGUGCCAAAGUGGUAUGUUGCCUCUGGGCCUACUCACUAACUGUACCUCCAUGAUGUUGUGCUUUUUCUGACACUUGCUGUCAUUCUGCAUAUAAUAAAUUGCAGACACCA